AUGCUGCCGCUGAUGCUGCCGCCGCUGCUGCCGCCGCUGCUAUGGGCGGGGUCCCUGGCUCAGGAUCCGAGAUUCCAGCUGCACGUGCCGCGGGCCGUGUCGGUGCAGGAGGGCUUGUGUGUCCGCGUGCCCUGCUCCUUCUACUAUCCCAGGGAAGACUGGAAAGACUCUGACCAAGCUCACGGCUACUGGUUCCGGGAAGGGGCCGAGGUACCCAUGGAUGCCCCCGUGGCCACAAACGAAUUAGAUCGUGAAGUUCAGAAGGAGAGCCAGGGCCGAUUCCACCUCCUCGGGGACCCCAGGAACAAAAACUGCUCCCUGGAGAUCAGAGACGCCAGGAAGAGAGACGGAGGUUCCUACUUUUUUCAUGUGAAAAGAGGAACUAUGAAAUGGAGCUACAGGUCUGAAUGGUUCGUCUUGAAUGUGACAGGUAAGCACCCGGGCGCCCUGGAGCCCGGCCGCCCAGGGAACCUGACCUGCUCUGUGCCCUGGGCCUGUGAGCGGGCCACGCCCCCCAUCUUCUCCUGGACGUCAGCUGCCCCCAGCUCCCUGGGCCCCAGGACCCCCUUCUCAUCGGUGCUCACCCUCACCCCACGGCCCCAGGACCACGGCACCAGGCUCACCUGUCAGGUGAAGCUGCCCACAAGCGGGGCGAUGGUGGAGCGGACCAUCCUGCUCAAUGUCACCUGUGAGUGGGGGAUCUGGGUGGGGCGGGGAGGGAAUGACUACACUUCCGUCACCCUGGUCCUCCCGCUGAGGAAGGAGAUCCUCUCUUCCAGUCCCAGGUGCUCCACAGAGCCCAGUGACCAGAGGCUUUCAAGGAAACAGCACAGGCCAGUCAAGGCGUGUGGCAAGGUGGUGCUGAAAUCACUAGAUGGCCUCUUAGGGGGGCUCCAGUGA